AGCGCUAUGGCGUGCUUGGUGUAUUGUUAGGUUAUAUGAUACAUAUCACUUGUAUAAAAAAUCUCUCAAUACCCUUCAUCAUCAAUAUUAUACAAAUAAUAAUUAUUCAUUUAUAACAUAUAAAUUUAAUUAUUUAACCUAGUUUAAAAAAAUGUAUUAAUUAAUGAAAAUCAAUUAUUAAUUUAAUUGAGCGGGGACACCGGUCCAAAAAUUGACACCGCCGAUUUUCUUUUAUUUUUCUUUCACAUUACACAAUUCAUUUGUUUUUUUGUUUUUUUGACGGUCCAUUUUUUGGCACGAUUAUCCUGCUCAAAUUAAAAUAAUCUUUUUGAUUGUAAUUCAACAUUUAUAAUUUUUACAACAAUUGGAUUAUAUACAAAAUAGUGUGUGACUUUUUUAUACCGAGUGUUUUAAGUGUUUUUAAGUUGAGUGUACCAUAAUGAAUCAACAAGAGUCGACGACUAUGUCAACAAUGUUAGUACGUGUUAAAGAGGACAACAAUGGACAAUUAUUAACAACAAGUGUUCCACAGAUGUCUCCUCCAUCGUCACAACAAGGAUUAUUAGUGCGACAUUCAAAUAGUGAAAUAAUUAGCGAGAAAAAAGUGACACAAUUUAGUGGUUGUACAAAUAGCAACACCCCAUCACCUCCAGCAUGUAGUGCACCGGGUUUAAUACCGUGUCGUUUACAUAGAUCAAUUACAGUGCCAACUAGUGCUACAUCAAACAAUAGUGAUAAUAAUAAUCCUAGUUCCUCGAGUAAUAACGAUAAUUGUAGUGUUGUACCAUCUACACGAAGCGAUUAUGAUUUACAUGAACAAUCCGAUGAAAGUUAUCGAGUUCAACCAUCGAAAUUAUUGGGUGAAAAAUAUUUGUUGUUAAAUGUUGUCGAAGGAAGUUCUUUGUAUCGAUGCGUUAAUGUUCAUACGCACCAAGAGAUGGUUUGUAAGAUAGUGACACGUGACAGUAGCAGCUUAUUAUCAGCACACUAUCGUUUAGAUGGUGUGCCACACAUGAACCCACUACAUGAAGUAUUAGUUGGUGAACGUUAUCUAUAUUUAGUAUUUCCAAAAUCUCAUGGUGAUUUACAUUCGCAUGUGCGUGUACGACGUCGGUUACGUGAAGCUGAGGCACGUCGAUUGUUUCGGCAAAUGGCUGAAACGGUGAAAACAUGCCAUGAAAAUGGUAUUGUUUUACGUGAUUUAAAAUUACGAAAAUUUGUUUUUGCUGAUCCCCAAAGAUCCGAAUUAAAAUUAGAAUCAUUAGAAGAUGCCGUUGUAUUGGAAGAUCCAGAAGAUGAUAUAUUACAUGAUAAACGUGGAUGUCCUGCUUAUGUUAGUCCUGAAAUAUUACGCGCUGGCGCUCAUUAUUCGGGUAAAGCAGCGGAUAUGUGGUCGUUAGGUGUUAUUUUAUAUACCAUGCUUGUUGGAAGAUAUCCAUUCAACGAUUCAGAGCACGCAUCAUUAUUUGCAAAAAUAUCACGUGGCCAUUUUGUGAUACCUGAAUGUUUAUCAUCACGUGCAAAAUGUUUAAUACGAUCGUUACUACGGCGUGAACCAUCAGAGAGGAUAGCAUCUGAAGAUGUUCUCUUACAUCCAUGGCUAGUACGAGAAGAUCGUGAUACUUAUAUGAGUAGUAGUAAUAGUCGAAAUAAUGAUCAACAAGUUCCCGAUAUUUAUUUUGAUGAAGAAGAUGAUUAAACAAAUUUACCACAAGAAUAUAUUAAUUAAAAAAAAUUAUUUAAAAAAAAUAUACAAUAUUAGACUGUGAUAAUUCCUUCCUUACAUUAUUCCUCCCUUCCAUUCUCUUACUCCUAUUACCUAUUUUUUCAAAAUGUCAUGAAUUUAGAUGUAAAAAAUUGUUUGGUGUGAGACUUAAGGAAAUAGGACAGAAAAAAUUAAUGAAAUUGGCCGUGUUUUUUUA